AUGAAUACUACUUACAUUGAAAUGUUCCCCGGAUUCAGCAUAGAAUCGAUACGCUUAUUUUGUGCUAUUGGAAACUUUAUGGGAGAUUUCAGUUAUUACAUUGAUCAUGUUCAUUUUGUUGUACCAAUCCUUGGUGCGUUUCUAGGGCUUAUACAUUUAACAGUACUCACUAGGAAAUGUAUGAGAACCCUUGGCAUUAAUAUAUUUCUUAUUGGAAUUGCUAUCGCUGACAUGAUCCGGUCGAUCAGUAUUAAUUUCACCCCAUUCUUCUAUUUACGUUAUUUGAGCAACGAAGUUUUAUGCUUAUAUCCAAACUCAACGUUAUCCUAUAAUAUUUCGGCAUCAUCGGUAAAAAUUUCAGAGGCACUGUCAAUUUGGUUUGGCGUUGCCAUCGCUGUCAUUAGAAGUCUUGUGAUGAGAUACCCAGUGAAUAACAGAAUCAACCGUCUAACUCAAGUCGAGUAUAGCUUAAAAAUUAUUAUAACAAUUACAAUGUUUGCAUUUCCGAUAUGGGCACUUUACUAUACCAAGUUGUGUUCUGCAAAGGUUCCCGGAUGGAUGCCAUUCACUAACUGUCAUCGCUUUUCCGAGAACUCAACCAAAAUUAGCAUUGAUUUUCAAAUAAAUAGGUUGUUCGGAAGCACUUUGAUCUACGAAAUUGAUCUUCUUAUCGAGGGAGUUCUACUAGAACUGAUCCCAUCGAUUAUUCUCCCAAUCACUACAAUUGGAUUGGUCAAGGAUUUAAAGGAAGCACAGAAGAACUCAAUGUCAAUUAAAUCCUCAACAAAAAGCCAUGAUACUCUACGUUCUAUAAAAUUAGUGACUUUCAUGACAAUAUCAUUUCUUUUCACAACUACACCACAUGGACUUAUGUACGUUAUUGGAAUGUUCAAUACCGAUAAACCUGGUCUAGUUAUGAUAAUCUUGAAAUUUGCGAGACUUUUCACUUUUCUGACAACUCUCAAUGGCAUCGCUCAUAUUUUAAUAUGUUAUUUAAUGUCAACACAAUAUCGGAAUACUGCCAAUGAAGUUUUUGGUGAGGGCAGGAAGAUUUUUAAGCCAACAUCACUUGUACAUCCAACUUAA